AUGAAGCACGGUCCAGAGCUCUGCAAAAAGCUGGAAUUGGCAUUUUCCGAGUAUGAAAAUGACGCCCUAUCUUUAGUGACAAUUAUCGACCUUUAUUCAAUGAAUUUCAUCAAUGAAGGUUUCAGGACGGACAAAGCUCAGUUUCUUCAGGUUCUUCUUUCCAAUUUGAAGAAAAACUCGCGUGUUGCUGAACAGAUUGGUUGGGAUUUGCCCAAGAUCCUUCUGAGGUUUCUGGACGCCAAAAAUGUCGAUCGAGACCUGAGUCUUUCGCAAAACGUUGUAAUCUCAACUGCGCUCAAGUGUUUCAACGAAAUUGCACUGUUGGGCAAUGCCAAAGAGUGUUUUUUGGCCGGUUGCGAAAUUAUUGAGGGAUUGAGUUUGCAAGGCGUCGAACUUGAAGAUGAACAAGAGGAGGUAUUCGACGACGAGACUGAGGACGACGGAGACGGGUACGGAGACGAAGAUAUUGACGACGAUGAUACAGACAAGGCCUUUUCUGAAGACGGUGACUACGAUGGCACAGAAAAUGCAGCGAAAAUCGCAACCGAAAAGGCCGCCACACAAGCUUUCAUCGAUGUGCUUGAUCGCGCUCCGGAAGAAUUUACCCUGGAAUUGAAGUUGCACGCCUUGAUGGAACUUGUUAGCACCACUAUCAAGAGAAUUCAAACCUCCUACCCGUCCAAAUUUCUUGCUACGGCGGUAGGGUCCUUUCUCAGCUUCAUUAAGAGUAACGCUGCUGAUAUUGACGACUGUAUCUUUGUGUUACGUCGAGUCUACAUGUUCUGCCGUAAUUACAUUCCUCCUCUUGCUCAGCCGAAUAUUGCAGAAACGCUGAGUCCCGAAGAAUUCGAAAAUCUGGUUGAAGAUGAAAAUGCUCUCCAACGCAAACUCCUUCAAUGCUUACUCACGAAUGCUGUAGGCCAACUGCUACUGACCAGACAAAUGCAUACGGCUGCGGAAUACGUUAUGAAAUUAAAGAACAUGGACACGUCUGUUCUCGACUAUGUUUUACGCCAAGAUAUGCGGGAAAUGGUCGCGAGAUGCUAUCAUCUCGCCUACUCGUUUGACAUUGAUGUCAAGGAGGCCUUCAAAACUCAAUGCGUUAAGGAAUCCGUUUCCAUCUAUCAAUCAUUACCCCAAGAAUCGGAAAUUGUCAAUGAAGCCGCGAAAAGUGGCAUCACUCAGCUAAUAUAUCAGCUUGCGCACACUUAUAACGUUCAAAAAAAGUUAACAGAAAAGAGCCUUUCUUUAGAUCCUGCUGGUAUACUUGCUCUAGCAACUUAUCACUACCAAGAGACAGGUAACGUUCUGUAUCCCGAAAUUAGGAUUGAUGAAGCCAUUUACAUGUUCCUGAGAUUUUUCACACCAGAAGUAUACUCUCAGACUGCCCCUAACUUAUAUGCAAUUGAAUGCUGUCAGUAUUGGCUUUGGGUGGCUGUAACAACCUCUUCGUGUCAAGAAAAUCGGGUAAUCUUGGGUGCCAUGCCGUCGUAUGUCGUUGCAACUUUUCUUCAAAUCCAGCUUUUGAGAUCCUUCAACAUUGCUUCCGAUGGUCCAAGAAUGGCUUCUUUCACUCUACUCACAAGAACAAUGUGUCUAAUACCAGAAUCGGACGCGUUUGAAUUUGUCAAGGAUACAUUGUUGAAUUGUCCUUCAAACCUCAUGAAGUGCUGCAUUCUAGGCAUUUUAAAGGAUCUAAUGAUCAAUACCCGGGGCUCAAUGGUAGAAACUAGCGAACAACUUUCUAAGUUGAGCAUUUCCGGUGAAUCAAAACAGUCUGCGAAACCUGAACUGCCUUCCAGGCCUUACAUUAUCAUCAACGAGGAUAGAAAAGCUACUAUCCACGCGUUAGCUGUGAUGAGUUUCGAGGAUGCAAAAAAGUCCCCAGUGAAAGAAAGUCUCGUGCUAUCCCUGACUUAUUUGAAUCUUUUCGUUAGUUUAAAGCUCAAAUGGGACAGAUCUCUACUGGCUGAAAUACGAGAUACGGCAAAUGAUACAGUGGGAUUCCUGGAAAAAACAUCCUUGCCUGAAAUUGAUUUCAUCAAGUUAGCAAAUGAGAACCUUGAAUCAUUUUUGUCUCAAUAG